UGUAUUCCUGUCUCUAUCCGGUUAAACAGCUGGGUCUCUGCACGGAGAGAGACAAACGUGAUUCUGCUCUGCUGUGUGUGUGACAAAGGCGACAUGUCGAGGAUAAAAAAUAUUGGGAUUAUUGCUUUUCUAAUGCCUUCGCUUUAGAAGGCAUUACAUAAGAAAAUAAAAAGGAUGAGAUGAGGCCUACGAAGACGAGACAUCCACAUCGCCACAUGAAAUGAUGAGCGCCAAUUCGAAUCAAACACGCAAGGACUGGGGAUUGCUAUUUAUGAAGGAGGUGCAGAAUUUCAUUAACAUAUGGAGCUUUUGUUAACGAUUUGUUUUUCGUUGGUCUGUUUUAGCCCAGAAUACCAUCGAAACACUGGCGUUAUGUUUCAUCUAGACGAGAAAGCUGAGCCUUGACCCUAUUCAGACUGCCUUCCAUUGGCUCUGGAGGAGGUGGGCUGAAUCAGCCUGACUCGAGAGGUUCUGUCUUACAUCAACAAGCUAUGGAGUGGAACCUCUUGCUCAAGCGGCUCAAGGUCGAGCGGCAGGCUGAGAUAAAGAGGGGAUCGAUGGCCAAGCCCCUCUACAGACUCCAGCGUUUCCUCCGGAGGGCUCAGCUGUUCCUGCUCUUCCUGGGUGUGGCCUACAUCAUGGCCGGGAGCGUCCUGCUGCUCCAACGGGCCAGCCUGGUGGUGACCCAGCGAGGGGCCACCAGCCCUCCACUGCCAUCCCUGCCCUCCAUACCCUCACCUCCCCGGGCCCUGGAGCUGGGGAUGCCACCCGUGAGGGUAGGAGGCUACAGGGACAGGAGCUCACGGAUCAUGGCCAGGGGGCAGGGGUACCAGCCUGGGAGCCCGUUGGACAACAGGACUGGAACACGCUGGCUCAUGUCGAGGAAUCUGGAGAUCCGACACCUGCGGCGGCGCUGGUUCCACAGCCUGAUGACGGAGAAGGAUAUGUCACAGGUGGAGAGGAGCACCCCCAGGAGGAAUGUGCCUCACAAAGGUUCUUACAUAGGCUGCUUUCUGGAUAAUUCCAAGGAGCGGGCUUUAAGGGGGUCUGUAUUUACUGAUUUCCGCAAAAUGACCAGCACCAUGUGCCAGGAUACCUGCUCAGCGAGAUUAAACUGCACAGAAUCUGUGUAUCUGGAAUGCAGUCACAGUGGCUACCAGUUUGCUGGUCUGGAGUAUGGGUCGGAGUGUUACUGUGGCAACCACAUCACCAGCCUACGUGUGAGAGACAAGGAAUGUAACUUGGACUGUAAAGGGGAGAAAGGCUCGCUCUGUGGCGGUGUUGGGCGCCUGUCAGUAUUCACGGUGGAGGAUAUGCUUCCAGGCCAGAGGAGAUACAGGAACGUGCGUUACCGCGGCUGCUUCAGAGAGCCUGAGAACAGCUCCUCUACAUCUCUGGUCCAUGUGCUCCAGCUCAACCUCACCUCCCAGUCCUGCAUAGAGGCCUGCAUGAACAAGGAGUUUCCACUGGCUAUGCUGAGGAGUCCGGACUGUUUCUGUGGUUACGCUACUCCUGACUUCACUCUCCAUGAGCCGGCUGAGGAGGAGCACUGUUCACAGAGCAACACCACUGAAGCUUCCUUACCAUCAACCCUCCAGCGCUUCUACCAGGUCUACCAGACACCUGUCCAAGACUCCAGAUGCACAGAGAAGAAUUUCCUACCAGAGAAGUCCAGUUCAUUGGUAGCGCUUUCCAGCUUCCCAGGAGCAGGCAACACCUGGGUCAGACACCUCAUAGAGUUGGCCACAGGGUACUACACAGGCAGCUACUACUUCGAUGGGACCCUUUACAACAGAGGCUUCAAAGGCGAGAAGGAUUACUGGAAGAGUGGUCGGACCAUCUGUGUGAAAACACAUGAAAGUGGGAGGAGAGAGAUAGAGAUGUACGACUCUGUCAUCCUGCUGAUCAGGAGCCCGUACCGUUCCCUCAUGGCUGAGUUCAACAGGAAGUGUGCAGGACAUCUGGGAUACGCCUCUGAUCAGCACUGGAAGACCAAAGAGUGGCCUGAGUUUGUGAGCAGCUACGCCUCCUGGUGGGCAUCCCACGUACUGGACUGGCUGCGGUUCGGCCAACGGGUCCUAGUGGUCCACUUCGAGGAACUCCAGACAGCGCUGGUGCCCCGGCUACGAUCCAUCGCCUCCUUCCUCAACACCACAGUGACCGAGGACAGACUGCUGUGUGCCGAGAGCAACCAGGAUGGACACUUUAAACGCUCCGGGGCCCGGCAGCCCACCUUCGACCCCUUCACACCCGACAUGAGAGGACUGAUAGACGGGCUGAUCCGUGUCGUGGACCAGGCUCUCCGGGACAGAAACCACACAGGCCUUCCACUGGAGUAUCUGCCCAGAUGAUGGACCGCUAAACUCUGAUAACCCUGAUCUCUACCUUGUCCACUACCCUGUCCCUCCUCAGUUUUCACUGCCUUAAAGCUGUGGUGGCAUGGAUGGAUGGAUACCCCCCCAUCCAACUCAAGAGAAAGCGUUUCAAAUCAGGAACGUGCCCUGCAAAGGAAACAUAGAGGCUAUUCUCACAAAGCACUUUUUAUGCUUUGGAAGCGCUGGUUUAUUAAAGCUCUGUUUUUCUGUUUUA